CUGUUAGAGUUUGGCAGCUAUGACAACGAAGUUUGAAAAUGGGUGGGUUGACACCUCAAAAGAAGAAGCUCUCCUCCUCUAAAAUGUCUCAGAAAGCUCUGAAAUGCACCGUGCAAAUUCAAAUCCAAGCUAUUACUUGUCCAGGGGUUGUGUUACCCAAUCAGGAAGACAUAUACCUGAGUGUCUGCGUCAUGGGACAGUUCAAGAAGACUCUCUGUCUGCCGCCUGCCUUCCCUCUUCUAUUCCAUGAGAACAUGGUAUUUGUGAAGACGUUCACAGGAGCUGCUGACCCAGGUCACAUUGUGGACCUCCUUGAAGCUGACACAACAUCCUUUGAACUGAUUCAGCUUGUGCCUCCAGAGGGGGAUAUUUUGGCCACUAUUGAAGAGAACACCAGAGAAUUCCUCUAUCCAGGCCCCAAGCUGACACCUAGAGCCGGUGGUCCCGAGAGAGAGAUGUUGAUGAGGAGAUCUAUCUGUUUCCCUGGAAUCUCUCCUAAAGUGGAGUUUGCAACCAUGUCUGUCAUUGAGGAAUGUGAUGGGAAAGAUAGCCAGCCUCAGCCUGCCUCCCCUCCGUGUUGUAGACCAUCCCCAGACAAACAGUCCCCAGCAAGGCGUAGACCAGUAAGAGGGGCUGUCGGGAGCCCUAGACAGACGCUGAAAGGGAAGGAUCUGAGUCUUAUUGGUCCAUCCAGUGGUUAUGAGCAGCCCACUGUGGCCUCCCAAGCCCGUGCUCUCUCUCCCUACACCCACCGCAGGAUGUGCCAACUGUCUGAGGAGGCCAGGCAGAGACUCAGCUACCUCCAACUUGGGCCCUACAAGUUCAAGAAGGAAACAGAGGCCCAGAUCCCCUUUGUGGUCACCAGUACUCGGAGUGUCUCCAUGAUUGAGACUCCUUCAUCUCAUCUCUCCUCUAAAGUAAGCCUUCCCCACAGCAGGUCCACCAGCUUUGCUCUAGACCCCUUAGGAGAUGUCUCUCUCCUUGGCAGCUAUAGACCAAAGCCUGUUAAAGUAGGCAAUGGCUGUCUGAAGACUCAGAAAUCACCAGGGAAGUCUUCCAGACAGGACUGUUCCAGAACCACAGUCAGGAUGGCCCGGUCAGCCCUGGCUGCCCAGUCCUCUACCCCAGUGUGUGGCCUGAGUCCCCUGCUCAGCCGCUCCUCCCUCAGAGAGCGGUUCCAUAGUAGUGAGUCCAGUCCGUCUAAGGAGAUCCACAGUCGAGUCCAGAAGAUUCUCCACACCCAUUCUACUGACAGGAAACUACACUUUGAUGAGGAUGGGUGUUCGGCUAAGCGGGGGCCUCCGCUCUCCUGUGAAGACUCUUUAUGUGACAGCCAGGCUUUCCAGGACAGGGACACUCCUGGAGAGACAUCUGUCCACCUGGACAAUGGGACAUUCUGGAGCAGUCAGGUUGCCUGCUACACAGGGAAACCCCACAGGGCUGUGUUUGAGGACAGUCUGCGACUCAUCUACAAGAACAUGUACAGAAGGGCCUUGAGCACCACCUGAGACCUACACUAUUAUUGCUUCAGACACCUGGCUGGGUUCCAAUUAUGACUGUGGUGGUACUUGAUUGCUAAGAUGAAGGAACACUGACCCUGUGCUAUACUAUAACCAAAGCUUUGUCAUAUGUGCCCUGGUGACACUGAUUUUAGCUCAUUUAUAGGGUUACAUGUGUGCACUAUUUACAAUUGUACAUAUUUUUGUACUAAGAAUGUUUAUAAACUGAUUUAAUAACUGUA